AAGAGUUAGGCUCUAUUGGACCGUACGAUUAAGAUCGUUCGGUGAAAUUGAUCACGCUGGUGCCGCAUACCCUAGCGUUCCUGUUAUUCUAUUGUGGCUGAAACAAAACAGUGUUGAACGGCGAGGUAGAACGACGACCCCCUUCUGCGUUUUGACCUUCAAUCUCAAUCAUGGCCAAAGCUGAAGGUGGCAAGGAACCAAUAAAUGAACAAGCAGUAGCAAAUAUGUAUGCUGCAAUGAGGUCUGAGCUCAACCAAAUUUACUCCAAAAUAACUGAACUGGAGAUGGAAGUUAGUGAGCACACAUUGGUUACCAAUGCCAUUCAACCACUUGACCAAUCUAGACGAUGCUAUCGUAUGAUUGGAGGGGUGCUUGUGGAGAGAACCAUCAAAGAGGUCUUGCCUGCUGUGCAGCGAAAUAAAGAAGGACUCGAAGAGGUUGUGGCAAGGCUUAACGAGGCGUUGGAAAAGAAGAAAAAGGAAAUUUCUGAGUUUGAGGCUAAAUAUAAAAUCAGGAUAAGGAAGGCUGAUGCUGAGGUGAAGGAUGAAUCUGGUAGGAAGGAAGGGUCUGCUCAGGGGGUUCUUGUGGGUCCUGCAGGUGGAAGUGAAUGAUUUGUCUAUUUUUAUUUUGUUUCCUCAAACUAGUAGCCAGAACUUGUCUUACAAUUGGGUGCAUGCAGUUUGAUGAUUUGUUUUAUAUGUAGACUAAGUGCGUGUCUGAAUUAGAUUCAUGUUCCGUCCAUAUAGAAGCAAGUAAAUGUAACUUCUGCAUCAUUUUGACGUGGUUUUGCUGCUUGAACGUGGAUCCAAGACGUGUUUCCAACCACGCUCAUUAGCAAGUAUACCUUGAUAUGACCUUAAGUUUAAUUGCUUUGGGCUGAAAAAAACUUAUCUUCAUUGGUUUGUGUUUAUGUAGAUUUUUGUAUGCAAGACUAGAGCAUA